AUGUGUAGUCUCAGACAAGAAGAGCAACGACUACGUGAGCAAGCCGAACGAUCACAGAUAGAAGAGCAGCGACGACGUGAAGAAGAGCAGCGACAACGUGAGCAAGCCGAGCGACCACAGAUAGAAGAACAGCGACUCCGAGAGCAAGCUGAGGAACAACUGAAGCUCCAGACACAAGAAACAACGCUUCCCGGAUUUCUCGACGCCUGCCAUGUGCACUUAUUUCUCGGUCUCUCCAUCCAGAAAGACAAAGACUCGUCCACAAAAGGCGACCCGGUAAACGCCGACCGUAAACUCCGACCGACCAAGAUUCGAGGAAAAGAGGCCCGAGAGAGGAUGGGAUCCGACGGCGUAACCGCUCAUUUAACUGCGCUCGGUCAGGUACUUGCUUUCACUCUCCGCGCUUUACGAGACCGACACGGGACAUCGCUUGGACAACCUCGGCAGUACCAGACUAAGACCUGGGAGAUGGUAUACGACGAUCUUUUGGAUGAAAUCGCAGAGAAGGACAUUCCUUCUUCCGACUUUAAACAUCAGCACAGAGUCGGAACGAAUACUGUCGUGCAUCCCCAUAAGGACCAGGUCAAAGUCUGCUAUCGUUGCGUCCUUCGACAACCCCGAGAACUCCACGUUCCUCAGCCGUCGGCUUCCUCGUCCUUAGCAGUAGUGGAAAAAUCGCCAGGUUCACGCUCCAAAGGCAAGUCUCAGCAGUAUUGCACACAGCAGUGCCUCCUGGGCCUGAUCAAGGGAGGAGAAUUAGAUUGGAAAUGUCCCAACGUCUCAGACCAUGGAAUUGAUUGA